AUGAAGAUGCGACAGCCAGUUGGAUUGGUCUAUUUUCUAGUCGUAUAUUUCAGUUCAUGCUCGGCGUUUUAUCUUCCGGGUUUGGCUCCCGUGAGUUUUUGUGACAAAGAGACAGAAGAAUGCCAGACGCAGAUUGAGGUGUUUGUUAAUCGCUUGGAUUCAGUGGAGUCUGUUCUGCCUUACGAAUAUGAUAUGUUUGACUUCUGCAAAGAUGAUCAGGAGAAGAGGCCAUCGGAGAACCUGGGACAGGUGCUAUUUGGUGAGCGAAUUGAGUCUUCCCCUUACAAGAUCAAGUUUAAAGAAAAUGCAUGCCAGAAAGUUUGCACCAAGACGUACAAGGCAGGGAACAAAGAUGAUGCAUCAAAAUUGGAUUUUCUCAAGAUGGGAAUGCAGCUGAAUUACCAGCAUCACUGGAUUAUCGACAACAUGCCAGUGACAUGGUGCUAUGACGUUGAAGACGGUCAAAAGUAUUGCAACCCUGGCUUCCCUAUUGGCUGCUUUGUCACAUCAGAUGGUCGAGCAAAAGAUGCCUGUGUAAUUAAUUCUGAGUUCAACAAGAAAAACACAUUUUAUGUCUUCAACCAUGUGGACAUAAAGAUUACUUACCACAGCGGAGAAAAUGAAGGUUGGCGAGGCUCUCGCUUGGUUGCUGCCACUCUUGAACCAAGGAGCAUCAAACAAGCAGAUGAAAACAAACCAAACUGUGAAUCAGGAAACCCAAUGGAAGUGCCAGGGGAGGUUAAAGAGGAUAUAACCAUCGUUUACACCUAUUCUGUAACAUUUGAGGAAAAUAAUACCAUCAAAUGGGCCUCUAGGUGGGACUACAUCCUGGUCUCGAUGCCUCAUACCAACAUCCAGUGGUUUAGCAUCAUGAAUUCCCUGGUAAUUGUGCUUUUCCUGUCUGGCAUGGUUGCCAUGAUCAUGCUGAGAACCCUUCAUAAGGACAUCGCCAGAUACAAUCAGGUGGAUCAGGGAGACUUGAUAAAGCUUACACCGGCCAAGGAAAAAUCUUCUCUACCCUAUGAAGACGCACAGGAGGAGUCAGGAUGGAAGCAAGUGCAUGGGGAUGUUUUCCGUCCUCCCAGGAAGGGGAUGCUGCUGUCUGUGUUCCUUGGACAGGGCACCCAGAUCUUCAUCAUGACCUUCAUCACACUCUUCCUGGCCUGUCUUGGAUUCCUGUCUCCUGCCAACAGAGGGGCUCUGAUGACGUGCGCUGUGGUUCUCUGGGUCCUGCUGGGAACACCUGCUGGCUACGUGUCUGCACGUCUUUACAAAACUUUUGGAGGUGAAAAGUGGAAGACCAACGUGUUGCUGACAGCUCUCCUGUGCCCAGGGAUUGUAUUUGCAGACUUUUUCAUGAUGAACCUCAUCCUUUGGGUGGAGGGAUCCUCAGCUGCAAUCCCCUUUGGUACUUUGGUGGCCAUUUUGGCCAUGUGGUUUGGAAUCUCUGUUCCUCUCACCUUCAUUGGUGCCUACUUUGGAUUCAAGAAACCUGCAAUUGAGCAACCAGUGCGGACAAAUCAAAUCCCCCGUCAAAUUCCUGAGCAGUCCUUCUUCACUAAGCCCAUCCCUGGGAUCGUCAUGGGUGGCAUCCUUCCUUUUGGUUGCAUCUUCAUCCAGCUGUUCUUCAUCCUCAACAGCAUUUGGUCUCAUCAGAUGUACUACAUGUUUGGGUUCCUGUUCCUGGUUUUCAUUAUUCUCCUGAUCACCUGCUCUGAGGCCACAAUUCUGCUGUGCUACUUCCACCUGUGUGCUGAGGACUACCAUUGGUGGUGGCGUUCAUUCCUGACCAGCGGCUUCACAGCAGUCUAUCUCUUUAUCUAUGCUGUGCACUACUUCUUCUCAAAGCUGCAAAUAAUUGGCGCGGCAAGCACUAUACUGUACUUUGGAUACACUAUGAUUAUGGUUCUCAUCUUCUUCCUCUUUACAGGUACAAUUGGCUUCUUCGCUUGCUUCUGGUUUGUAAAUAAGAUCUACAGUGUGGUGAAAGUGGACUAGAGGGCUGAAGCAUGGACUAACAUCUUGCUGCCACAGCGCUGGGCUCCUCAGUGCUCCCUUUGUCAUGAAGUGGUCUAAACGGACCGGAACUGAAACAGAGCCCGUCCUUUUUUGUGCUUUAAACCUCUGUUGCUUUCUUUUCAUUUUAAAUAUAAAUAUAUAUGUAUAUCAUAUUGUUUCACUGUUGACCCUUUAUCUUCUGAAUGGCGCCUUGAUAAUCAGUGAGGGUUCCAGUGAUUAAGUUGGCACCACGAACCAUUUGUUUUAAUUUCUAAACAAAGUGAAAUAUUUAGUGUUUUGGUUUUUCUAUUCUUUCAUGGCUAAAUGCUCCUUUUUUCUGUUCUGGAAUGAUUUGGAAAACAAAAUGUACAUAUGCUGUAUAAAGAGGGAGAGUGAGAAUGCUUCUUAAAAACUGUCACCAUUAUGAGAGCCUCUUGUGGGGUUUUUCAUUUUCCGCAUAUUUUGAUUUGUAGGUGUGAAUUGGGCUUAAAUUCUUUAAAUAUCAGGCAGUAAAGUAGUUUAAACAUAUAAAACACUGACACUGGUAUGAUGAUGUCCAUUUUCUUCAAAUUAAGAUUCUGUAGAGUAGAAGGAUGAUGCAGGUACUGAAGGCAUGCCAGCGUUGGAGUGACUACAGUGUGUUACAUAUUAAGAAUAUUUCAGUGUGUUUGCUCACAGAAAAAAAAUCCAAUUUUAAUUUUAAUGCAGGCCAUGAAGUUACUUACUAUGUAGUCCAUUGAGAUGCAUCCCUUAAUGAUCUAAAGUGGUUUGUUAAGCUAUUAAUUGCAUAAGCACCACUGCUGUGUGCUUCUGGCGGUGGGAAGUCUUCAUCAGAGGUGGAAACUUUACAAAUAAAUGUAAUUAAUCUAAA